UUUACAGGGGACUCAGCCGCCAUUGUAUCGAGAAGACGAAGGUGUAUAAGUGUCAAAACUGUGACUAGAUCUUCGAAAAUAUGAGUGAACCGAUGGAUCCAGACUUGUUCCCAUGAGUGGGAAUUGUUCCACAAUCACCAGCCUUCGUGUUGAGGGGACACUGUGCUUCCUAACAAUCGUGGAAGGCAAUUACAUCAACAUAUUUUAGUGCCUGUUGUUGACCGAUAUCCAGUGAGCUCUAUCAGACAUGUAAAACAAGUACAGGAAAAUAGGAUGGCUGGAGCCUUUCCAGACUGUUUGAACAUUGCUGAGUGAACUCAACGUGAAUAUUCAUUUUCCACACAUCUUGGCAGACUUACAAACAUGGCUGUAUUACAUACAUCGCUGAAUCGGCAGAAGGUAAUUUGACAGGCGAUCAUGCCUGUAUCGAAACCUCCGCAUUAGCGAGAAACUGUGAGUAUUUGAUUCUUCUCAUUCGCCGAAAAGAAUCGACCAGUUGAAUAAUAUUGUAUUAUUCUUUGUUUAUAAUCUACAUCUGUCUCGGAUAAAGUGUGAUUCCGGAUGAAAUCACGAUGGAGAGGUUAGAUGUGGAAACCCCAACUCGGUUUGUCUUCAGUGUGGCACACACGAGUGACAGAAAGGGACUGACCAUUCAGUACAUCAGGUACAGACUGUUACAUGAUUUAUUUAUUUAACCUUUGUUUACAUUUUGAGUUAUUUUGGUUUGUCUGGAAUUUCACAAUGAACAAAGGUCAGUUUGAACAGACUGUAAAUGGAUCCCUAGACAUGCCCCAAGAUAAAGCACAUGAUGGACCAGGGGAAACCGGAAAGUCAACACGAUCCCCUGUCUUCUUGAAGGGAAAGAGGGGUUCUGGAGACAUGGGUCAGAAAUUCAGUAUUCGUAAGGUAGACAGGCGAGCAAAUGGGAAUAAACAGUCUCCAGAGAGGAUAAGCCAUGAGAGGUCCUCAACAGGAAGUAGAAUUAAAAGAGACAGGAGAUGUAUUUCCGAUGAUAUAACUGGCAAGUCUUUGCAGUCUGAGAAGGCUAUUGGAAAGAAGACAAGCCGAUUUGUUGUCAGCAAUGUGGAACCGAAAGAUGAAAUACUGAAAAAGGAUAGAUCAUCAAGUCUACCAGGAUCAUCUGCAUGUGUUGAGGAAAAGGAAGUGUCUAAUGUUGAUAAUCCCAAAGUGAAAGAAAUAACCGUCAAACAAGAUAGUAAAGCUAGGACUAGGUCGUCAACUGAAAAUUUGAAAGACGGUUCAAAUGAGAAUCUUUCCAACAGAAUUAGAUCAAUGCAAAGAAAGGAUACUAGUGCUCAAAGUCAGGAAAACAAAUCAGAGGAACAUUGUUUGGUGAUCAAACCUGAUAAGUCUUCAACAACUAUUGGGAAGGACGUUGAGAUCAACAGUUCAACACCUGUUCGAUAUCAUCGUUUUAUCAGUGAACCUUCUAAACCAGUGAAAAGAAGUGUUAAAAUUGAUAAUGUAGAAAGUAAUGUUGUCACAGAAGAAUUGCGUUCAGCACUAUCCAGUCGGAGUAAUGUCAUGUAUGUGAAUGUUGCUGAUAGUCAUGGCCCUGAUGCUAGGAUAUCUGAUCAGAGUGUUUCCAUAGAUAGUGAUACAGCUUUGAGGUUACAACUUGAAGCAGAUUCUAAAUUACGUAAAGAAGAAGAAAAGGAAGGUGAAAAAAGGAAAGAUGAGAGUGAGGAAACUCCCUUGUCAUCUUCACCGGGUGGAAGGUUUCUUAAAUUUGAUAUUGAGAUUGGCCGUGGUUCUUUCAAAACAGUGUUCAAAGGAUUGGAUAGCGAAAAUGGAGUAGCAGUGGCGUGGUGUGAACUUCAGGACAAGAAAUGGAACAAGAGUGAGCGCCAGAGAUUCAAAGAGGAAGCCGAAAUGUUGAAAGAACUGCAACAUCCUAACAUUGUGAGAUUUUAUGAUUACUGGGAGAAAACAGAUAGACGAAAUAGAAAAGUUAUCAUCCUGGUAACAGAACUGAUGACUUCGGGAACAUUAAAAACCUACAUUAAGAGAUUCAAGAAGAUCAACAUCAAGGUAUUGAAGAACUGGUGCCGGCAGAUCUUGAAAGGAUUGUACUUUCUGCAUACACGAACCCCCCCUGUGAUACAUAGAGACUUGAAAUGUGACAACAUUUUCAUUACUGGUACAACUGGUUCUGUCAAAAUAGGAGAUCUAGGACUAGCAACUUUGAAGAAUAAAUCAUUUGCCAAAAGUGUAAUCGGUACGCCGGAGUUCAUGGCACCCGAAAUGUAUGAAGAACACUAUGAUGAGGCAGUAGAUGUUUAUGCUUUCGGAAUGUGUAUGCUUGAGAUGGCGACGUCAGAGUACCCAUACAAGGAAUGUUCUAAUGCUGCUCAAAUCUACAGAAAAGUUACCAGUGGUGUACGUCCAGAAGCCUGUGAUAAAGUAGACAAUCCUGAAAUCAGAGAUAUUAUUGAGGGUUGUAUCAAGCAAAAAAGAGAAGAAAGGUACACUGUGAAGGACUUGCUUCAGCAUGGCUUCUUCUUGGAAGACAGUGGUUUGAAGGUGGAGUUGGUCAACCGGGAUGAUGAACUCGCAGACCGUCCAAUCAUUCAGCUCAGACUUCGAGUUGUUGAUCCCAAGAAACGCAAAGACAAACACAAGGAAAAUGAAGCAAUCCAGUUUGAUUUUCAUUUGGAAAAGGAUAAUGCUGAAGAGGUUGCUCAAGACAUGGUAAAAUCUGGAUUUCUUCAAGAGGAAGAUGAACGUAAUGCAACAAAACAAAUCCGUGAAAGAAUUGCUCAAGUGAAGCGUGAGAGAGAGAAGUUGUUGAAUGAAGUUCAGCCUCCUGUGUCUGGUCAAGGAAUGGACACUUCAACUCCCCUACCCACCUCACAGAUCCAGGUAACCGGUGGUCAUCAGCCUGGUCAGCCUCAACCUAAUGUGUCUCAACAGCUAGUCCAGGGGCAGGUUCCCCCAGCUGUCAGUAAGACACAGGUUGGAGGGGGUCUCAGUGCACUACCUGGUGUACAGGGGGCAUGGCAGAUGGGGGUGGACAACAGCAGACACCAGCAGAGGAUGGAGUUCUCAGCUGCUAUUUCGGAGAGUAAAUCUGACGUUAAUUUGCCAAAUUUGCAACAAUCACAACAACUGUCUGGUGGAUCAGCUCCAAAUAUUCCACAGCAGGUUCAAACAAGCAUAUCAGGCAUGGGACAGGAUGAUGGUCAGUCAACAACAUUUCAACAGCAGACAUCACAAACAUCUCUACAAUCCCAGGUGUCGCAGGGAAUGUUAGGCAGUUUGACACCUCAGGAGGUGCAGUCCCCUCAGAAAGGUGUGGCAGGUUCUCGGCACUAUCACCAAGGACCUUACUCUGCUCCCCAGACCCCUGUAAAAACCAGAUUGCAGGCCAAGGCAAGUAACUUGAGCCACUUGGACAUCAAUGCUGCUCAGCAACUUCAACAAGGAGGUACUCAAACUGGCUCAUCUGCACCUCAGUCCUCAACGUCAGGCACAUCCCAGAUCCCCUCCAGCCACUCGACAGGCUGCUUGCAGGAUGAUGCAACACACUCCAACAGAGAAAGAAUAAAAAAUGGGUGUGAGACAGGUUGUGCAAUUGGUAAAUUGUGUGAAAAUGAAGCUCAAGGAUCCAGUACUCAAGACAAGUCAAAGAGGAAGUCCCGUCCCAAACGGCGGAAAACUCUCGAGAAGUUCCCAAGAGCUACCAUUCUCAGUGUGGGUGCUGACAAUGAGGUUGAGUGCAGGCUGGAGCUAUCCAAUAGAAACACUGUCACUUUCACAUUUUCCUUGGAAAAUGAUAAACCUGAGGAGAUUGCUGAAAAUUUGGUUGGUGCUGAGUUGUUGCUGGGCAGCCAGGUGAAUGGUGUGAUAGAUCUCCUCCAGCAGGUGUUUGCUCUGGUCGGCCAGGACCCAUCAGCCUCUGUGUCAAUAUGUGUCAGUGUUGCCAACACACCUACAUCCAGUCCCAGCUCAGUCAGGAGGGUCAGGCAGGUCAUGGAUGGAGACUCAGUUAAGAGGCUCGAGUUUGACCAUGCGGGGACUGAUAGCUCUGGAGUUGCAUCCCAUACAGACUGUGGAGAGAUGCAGGAUUCCACAGUGGUCUUCAGUAAAAGUAGGAAGUUCAUCGUGAGCAGGGUCUGUGAUUCGCACCUUUCGGAGACCAAGAUUACUGAAGAUGAGGGAGAGGAGCAUACAAUAUCUCCAGACAACAUGCCCAACUCCGCUACCCAUGUUGGGGAGCCAGACACAAUCAAUCCUGAGUAUGAGAAAUCAUGGAAGAGCACAACUGCACGAUCUGAUGUGCCAAUCGAUAUAUCUGAUCUUCAUGAAAAACUGACCAAGUUGACAUCCCAAAGAGUAGCAGGACAGGCAAGCAGUCAGGCAGUCACUCCUGGUGAGGUUGGGCCUCAGGGUGGACAAAUGGAAGGUCAAUUAAUGGAUGGACAAGGUAGACCUCAACAACAAUCACCGCAUGUUCAGCAGCCAUCCACUUCUCUCCAGUCUCAGUCACAGACUCAGCAGCAGGUGCAGGCACAAGAUGCACCAUCAGGUGUUUCUUCAGAUAGUAGUCAGACCACUCAAGCUGCACAGAGUCAGGGUGUGCCUAUGAUGAAUCCCUACAUGCAUGGUGCGCAGCAGAUGCUUCAGUACCAGGGCAUGAUGCCCCAUUAUCAGGGCCUCUACUACCCACCCUAUUAUGCAAGUACUGAUCAGAUGCUGCAGAUGCAAAUGCAUCAACAGAUGAUGCAGCAAUACAUCAUGAUGAACCAGUUGCAGCAACAGCCCCAGUCCUCGCAACAGCCCAAUCCCCUGCCUCAAUAUUUGAUUCCUCAAGCAUGGAUGUAUCAAGGUCAAAUGCCCAUGUAUACAACCGCAGCCAUGGGUUCACAACAGUCUCAAGGUGUAGCUCCAGCUCAAGGGCAUGGCCCGGAAACUGGUGUCUUAGGUCAGAUUAUUUCCCCUCCACGAUCACCUGGCCAGUCUCGGAAAGCAAUGUCAGAGGAUGGUUCAUCGGAUGGCUCUAUUCACAGUACAGAUGGUCAGAGUAGAAAGGCUGAUUUAGCCAACCUUGAGCAAGCAUUGAUCAAAAAGUUACAUGGCAAUAGGAAGGAUGUUCAGCAAACUACAGCAUCACAUACAAUGCCUAUAAUGACAAUGUCUGCUCCAGGGGGCCAGAUUGAAGGUGGUAGUGUUCACAUGACUGAUGAAAUGCAACAAACAGACCUAAGUCCUGCUAAUGGUUAUGCAGGAGGAUUUGUAAAUAAUGACGUAUAUAUACAUUCAGAUGGUAAUCAGACCAAUGAGGACUUGUCAUCAACCAAUGAAAUCCAGACAUCUGUGAAAAGGAGGUCACGGUUUACGGUUGAGGCAGUGACAGAGGACAAAAUAGCAGUAGAUCAGACAAGUUCAGAAACUGAUAUUUCUGCGUCCUGUAGUGGUGAAACUCUUGACCAAUCUGACAGGAGUAACUUACCGGAAAAUGUGCCAAAUAUUACUUCCAGAAAGGGACGAUUCUCAGUGACAACUGUGAAAGACAAUGUGACAAUUAGUCCUUCUCAGUCACUGGACGAAGCAGAUGGGCAUUUGGUGGAGGUUAUGACCACUAACACAUCAGAUACUGUAUCUAUUCCAUCUCAGAAUACUAACAAAACUGAUGAAGGAUCACAAGGUGCAGGCAUGCUCAAAGCUACUGGUUCUGUGGUGCCUCAAGAAGGGAAAGAAGCCAAAAAAGAUAUGUAUGUUCUACAUCAUGAUCCAGAGUACAAUAAUAUGAUUUUGAGACAGAAGAAGCAGAUGGAAGAACUGCACCUGAAGCACAAUAAAGAGAUCGAGGAUUUUCUGAAAAAUAAGGGCAUAUCUUUGUCUAGCAUGAUGCCACAUACUGUGGCAUCUCCAAUGAUGAGUCCACUGACUGUGCAUACAAUGUCGCCUGCAUUGCUGUCCAUGGGGUCAGCACGGACAGUAGCUCCAACUGCCACUUCCCAAAAGGUUGAUCAAGGUGGUCAAGGGCAGACAGAAAAGCCAAAAGGUACAUUUGAUGAGGAUCUGUUCAAAAGAUAUGCAGAUUUCAGUCGAUCAAACACACAUUCUACAGCCAAACCUGAAACCAAAAAAUCCCUAAAUGAACUGAAACAGGAACAGGAGUGUCCUUGGGACAACUCUCUGAGUUUACAAGCCUCAUCUAGUGCCCCAGCUGAUAGUUCUGUGCAUCUUAAUCGUGUGCGGAGUGCAGCUAAGCUGCACACAGAGACUUCAGACCUGAAAACGUCUGAUAGAAUGGGUGGUGAAAACCGUGAAGGUUCAAAUGAGAGUAGUCGGAAAUCCAGUGUUGAUCUUUCCUCCGUGCCGACUUCCAUUCCAGAAAUGCUGAGACAACAACCUCACCAUCAGAUGAUGCAUCCAUAUCUUCACCAGGGCUUACCACCUUUUUUCCCCUUUCAAUAUCAAGGCUUUAUUCCAGGUGCCAAUGCUCAGCAAAUAUCUCAGCCAUUUCAGUUGCCAGGCUCGUUCCAAGGAAUGAUGGCAAACCCCCAGACGCAAACAGUUAACUCUUCUGCUGCACAUGGAUCGUUUGCUCCCAUGCAGAAUGCCUUUCCUGUCCAGUCUCAGCAACAGCAACAACAACAGCAGCCACAGCAGCUUCCAACAUCAUCACAGCUGCCUGCACAACAGGCACAGGCACCUCAGUCGUCAGGCAGUUCAUCCAAUACUGCUUUGAACAAUCAGCAACCGAGCAAAGGCUAAUCCACAUGCCAAAUGUCUUUCAUAACAGCAGGUGUGAAGAAUUAACAGUCUCUGGGUAUCCCAGGGAAGUAUCUGAUCUAGCUGUGCACAUCAAUCCAUGAAGUUUUUGAGAGUGAAACAGUAGUAGAUGGAGGUUUAUUACAGCCUGCCAUGUUCCUAAACACAGCAAAGUGCAUUGCUGCUUGAACCCAUUCCCAGUAUUACCGAAUGUCUGUGUAUGCAAAUAGAUGGAUCUAGCCUAGCUGUACUUAAGUCAGGCCUAUAGUAGGCAAAUGGUCGAGACAUUUGGAAACAUGGGCUCCUGACCACUGUAGGACAACAAUCACUCACAUCUAGUCUUCCUAGGAAACCUCUGCAUCCCUACCUUGGUCACUGGUAAUCAGGAGAUAGUCCAAAAGCGUUUGGACAAGAUUUGGGGAAUAUCUAUAAGGAGAGACAUGACUAUAUCUUGGACUAGAAUGGGUUACUUUGUAAUAUAUGUACUGAAUUCUAUAGAGAGUACAGUCCCAACAUUGUGCAUAUUCCAUGGGACCUUUGCUCAUUACUCCUGUUGCUUGAGCCUGCAAGUGGUGUGGCAUUGACACUGUUUGUUAUUCUGUUACAUGACUUUACCUUUUGCAAUAGUUCUGCAAGUUCCAGUUCUCUUAUUAUGAACAACAGUAUUACAGGCUUAAAAAUCAAGAGCACUGCGAUACUGAAUCUUGCUGUAAACUUACCAGUGAUUUUAACUAAUUCCUAUGACAUGAAGAAUGUUAUGCUGAUACACCUUAGCAAGUGGACUACUCACAAUUAUCAUCUGGCAUAUAAUUUUGUCAUCUCUUCCAACUCUACUGCUAAAGAGUUGAUACCUUGACAGUGUUUUGUAGUAUUUAUUAUGGCAGAAUUGAAAAAAAAAGUGCUCAGCAUUGUGUAGUUUGUAGCUGUGCCUUGCAAUCUGUGAUUAAUUUUCCUGUAUGUUGGUCUGAGGUACAUACGCAUGUGCAAGUGAAGUAGCAAAAGAAAAUUUCAUUGAGUCUGUUCACUGGAAACUGAACAAGAAUUUGUGAUUACCUUUCCUGUACAUUGAUCUGAAGUUCAUUCUAGUUGCCAUGUGAAAGCAAAUAUCUUGAUUGAUGUUUUGAAUGCGCUGUUGAUGGGAAUUUUGCUCAUAAGUACUUGUAAUCUAUGCCAGAGCCAAGCUGCAAUACAACUCUUGUUGACAAUUUGCCACUGAUAAUGCUAAGAUAUCUUCAUGCAUCUAUAUUAUAUAUUCUGACAGAAGUUAUGUUUCUUUAUUUGAAGAUGUAUCUAUAAUUAUAUAUGCGGCAGGUCUUUUGUUGUCUUCAUCUAAUAUGAGCAUUUCGGAUCAAAUUAUUUACCAGGGUAGCAUGUGGUUAUUUUUGCCAAAUUUGUGUUAUAUCAGUUUUGAGACCUCAGAUUUUAAGACACAAUCAAUACUUCUUGCUAAAUUCUUAUUUGACAUGAUAUGAUGUAUUGUAUGACUAUAGAAUAAAUUGCUUAUAUUGAUGUAAUAAGAUUGAUGAAUAUUUUUAUGAUAGUAAUGGUUAUUAAUAUGGCAUACUGAGAUUGCAAGUCUAAGAGUGAUUGAUUUUUGUGAAGGAUUACACAUGAUCAUGAUAAUAGUUUCUUGUUAUUUCUUGUUUAUUUUGGAACAUUGCAUAAUACUACUUUGGAUACUCCUUGUAGACAAAAUUCUGGUGAAUGUGAACUCACUAAUUUGUAAUGUUAAUGUAUCUUCAGAAAUAACUUGGAUGAGUCACUAGAUCUAAGAGGAAAAUAUCAAGAAACAAUUAGAUCUGUUAUCAAAGCAUGUGUACAUUCAGCUCCUUAAGUACAUGUAAUAAUUAAUUGUGUUAUGUGAAUGUUCAUGCAGGUCCUGGUAUGAUGGAAAUAGGUCACUUUAAGUGAAUUCAUUCUAAAUUUCUUAUAUUAUCUGGUGAAAUGUUAAUUUUGAAAAAAAAGAAGUUUACUUUAGUGAGUAAGAAAUACCAAUUUUGUUCAGAUUUAUCUUGGUUAGUGAUAAUGUAUGAUUAUUUUUCUGAUCAGUGCAUGUUUCAUAAUACUGUGUUUACUGGCUGGCAAAUUAUAGCCCUUCUAAUUUUAACAAACUCCUAACAGGUUUCCAAAGUGUCAAAUGAGGUUUGCUGUAUCCAAUACACUGGUGACUGUGCAAUGAAGGGAAUUACAAAUGGUAUUGAAAGGCAAGACUACAUACGAAGUUGGUCUGACAUAUUUCCUCCUUAUUUAGUUCCCUAUUUAAUGUGUGUUUCCUUGUUGAUGAUGAGUUUGAUUGCCUCUAAAUGCACCCUAAACCCUGCCUGUCUUGCACUUAAGGUAAUUAACAUUGUGAUAAUCCACAUGCAGAAGAAAGAAGAGAUUGUAAUGUUGGUUGCUGGCCUUUUAAUGUUCUAUUUUUGGAUUUAUCUCAGAAACAAUGCAAAUAAGAAGCUUUUGCAGUAAAAACAAUGAAAUUGUUCCAACAACAUCA